CUUUUUGGUACGAACUACAAAAAGUGACUACACCAUCUUUUACAAAAGGAGAGGAAAAGAGAACUUAAAGAUAGCAAAUUCUAGAACUUAUGUAUUAAAAUGUAUAUUUCGUUCCAACUAUUCACACAUGGGAUUUCAAAAGUUCAUGGGAUAAAAUUGCAUGUUACUUAUUUACUUUGCACAAUGAAUGAAUCUGAGAACAAUUAUUUCGGGGAAAUUCAAGAUAAAUGAACUCUACGCAGUUUGCGCCGCAAAAGAGAGAAACAUCGUGUUUAUUAAAGUUAGAAACGGCACGAUGUGCAGCUACGCCACACAGUAACACAGAGAAUGGACCCUGUAUCUCUUUGCAGACAUCUCAUUCUCAACAAUAUGCAGGAUAACGCUAUUGGGUUUAUACGAAGGCCCCUCUCACAAAAUAAGCCCAAAAGUCUCUUCGAUACAAAUUCACAUGGCCGUAGGGUUUAGUCAGAAGAGUUUUGUGUAGUCACUAGGCUUCUUCUGUCUAUGAUACUGUGCCUGAAUCCUGAACUAUUUUCUUUUCAACAUUGCAAUUCAGGGGAACUUUCACAACAUGUUAUUUAACAAGUAAUUUUUAUUUGUUGACCAAAUCAAAUACCAUACAAUAUAUCCUCUCCAUGACAUUGUCACAGGCAACUAAAUUCGACAAACAAUCCCAUAAUUCUAUGAAUAACUGUCACAUUUCAUAACAGCCUAGCUUACAAUAAACCAAAAUAAUAAAAAAAUCUAAGAAAUUAACAUAAUCAAGGUCAACGCAUAAAGGCGUGUUAACUCCCUUCUAACAAUCUAAGACAAAUGAUUUAACAGAAAAUGAUCCAAAUAUUCUCUCUUUUUUUUCUUCCUCUGAUCUCAGUCUUAAUCCAAAUCCAAUGCCUCACUGUUCAGUCACAACCGGUGCCGUUAAAACAAAUCUGCUCAAACGUCACAGGCAACUUCACUGUUAACACCCCUUACGCCGUCAACCUCGACCGUCUCAUCUCUUCUCUAUCAUCUCUCCGGCAGAACGACAAGGGAUUCUACAACAUCUCACUCGGAGACUCAGAUGGAAAAGUCAACUCAAUCUUACAUUGUAGAGGCGAUGUCAAACCCGAAGACUGCACCAACUGUCUCUCAAUGGCUGGAAAAAGACUUAUCACAUUGUGUCCGGUUCAGAAAGAGGCGGUUAUCUGGUACGAUAAAUGUACGGUUAGGUACUCGAACCGGACGCUUUUCAACAGACUUGAGAUUUAUCCUCAAACAAGCAUCUCCGGGACAAGAAACUUCACCGGAGAUCGCGACGGCUGGGAGAAAUCAUUAAGGGGUUUACUCGAAGGGCUUAAAGACAGAGUACCCGUGGUUGGUCGGAGAAGGAAGAACUUUGUGGUCGGAGAAACGAGCGGGCCGUCGUUUCAGACAUUGUACGGGAUGGUCCAGUGCACGGCGGAUAUAUCGGAACAGGAUUGCACGUAUUGUUUGUCACAGGGUAUUGCAAAGAUUCCGAGCUGUUGUGAUAUGAAAAUGGGUAGUUAUGUCUUGUCUCCUAGCUGUAUGGUGGCUUAUGCUCCAUGGAGAUUCUAUGAUCCAGUGGACACCACUAAUGAGCCAAGCUCAGUGCCUCAACGGAAUGAGACGAGAAGUGUUGAACAAUGGGAUCAAAACAGAGGUGUCGCUUUGAUCUUUGCUGCUGUUUCAGCUGCUGCUGUUGUCUUAUUUAUCGCAUUUUUAGUCGUUUACCUAAGAUCGAGGAAGAAGAAAUUAAAGAGGAGGACAACUAGCGAAGAACCAAACCUUGAAGACAUUAGCAAAGAUUCAAUGAGAUUUGAUUUCACUAUGUUACAAGAAGCCACAAGUCAAUUUUCAGUGGAAAAUAAACUUGGAGAAGGAGGAUUUGGCGCAGUUUACAAGGGUGUGCUUUCGGAUGGACAAGAAAUAGCGGUGAAAAGGUUGUCGCAAAAUGCACAACAAGGUGAAAUCGAAUUCAAGAACGAGUUCUUAUUGGUGGCAAAGCUUCAACAUCGUAACCUCGUCAAGCUCUUAGGCUACUCAAUAGAUGGAACUGAAAGGCUUCUCGUCUACGAGUACCUCCCACACACCAGCCUCGACAAGUUCAUCUUCGAUCCUAUCCAUGGUAACGAAUUGGAUUGGGAAACUAGAUACAGAAUUAUAGGGGGUGUUGCUAGGGGUCUUCUUUAUCUUCAUCAAGAUUCUCGUCUCCGGAUCAUUCACCGUGAUCUUAAAGCUAGUAACAUACUGCUAGACGAGGAAAUGACCCCGAAAAUCGCAGACUUCGGACUGGCAAGGCUAUUUGAUAUCGACCACACUACUCAACGCUACACGAAUAGGGUCGUAGGGACUUUCGGAUAUAUGGCUCCGGAGUAUGUAAUGCACGGACAGUUCUCGUUUAAAACAGAUGUUUACAGUUUCGGUGUUUUGGUUCUUGAGAUCAUAAGUGGUAAGAAAAACAGCUGUUUCAGCGAUGAGGACAGCAUGGAAGGCCUCCUUACCUUCGUAAGUGCAUGGAGAAAUUGGAAGGAAGGUAUUGCCUUGAAUCUUGUGGACAAGGUUUUGAUGACAAUGUCAAGUUAUUCAUCGAACAUGAUCCUGAGAUGCAUAAACAUUGGUCUUCUUUGUGUCCAAGAUAAAGUUUCAGAGAGGCCAAGCAUGGCUUCGGUUCUUCUGAUGUUAGAUGGACAUACUCUUGCUCUUUCAGAACCUUCAAGGCCUACGUUUUUCACACACAGUACAAUGGUUUCAGAUAGUUCCUCUUCUUUAGGACAUAUUGCAAAAACUUCAAAUUAUAAUUCCAACACUGAGUUGUAUCCUCGGUGAACUUGUCUGAAAGCUGAAAUUAAUAUUUGAUUAGAUUUGAGUCAACUCACUUUUUAAGUGAGGAAAAAAGAGUGUUACAAUGUCUCUGUUUCACUUUCAAGGAGAGAUGUCAUCCUCAUCUCAUCUCUUGAAGAAAACUAAUAUCAGAAAGAAAAAAAAAUGUACAAAUCCAAAUCAGUUGAGGCGAGAAGCAAGAUUGAUAAAGGUUUCUUCACUGCAAGGAAUAGUGAGGCCACCCAUUGGAUGAUCAAAUCCAAAUUCUUCCUCUGCCCUUCUUAGAAGAUCUUGAAAUGAAGGUUGGUUCAAGUACGAGAUGGGAACUACAAAUCUCUUCAUCUUUCUUUCUCCUACGUAAACCGCUAAGUAGCCUUUUGGAACUUCAAGAUAGCUAGAGGAAGAGGAAGAAGAUGAGAACAUUUUUGCUUGACGGAGAAUCUGCUUCGAUGAUUGUAGCAUGCGAGGAACCCUGAUCGCAAUGGAUUGUCUUUGUUUCUUUGUAUUGAAGUUUUAAUGCUUUACUGCAGAACGUGAGAACUUGCUGAGCAUAGAGGACCCAGUGAUGAGUAUAUAUUUAUAGAUAAGAGCAUUAUGAGAAGAUAACCGUUUAUUGGAUUAGAGAAGUUUCAACUCAUAGAUUUAACACCAACAAGCACAUGGCUUUGCCGGACCACUGCAUCAUACCUAAGGGACCGCUGGUGAUCAGAUUCAUGAUUCUGAUGUGAAGACACAAAUCAACAUGACCACUUGUUAGUUAGAUAGACAUUAUAACUAGUCAAAUUUUCAAUUCCUGCCACAUAAAAUUUUGAAGACUUUUUGUGAUUUUGGCUUGUAUAUAACAAAGUCAUAUGGUCCUGUCUUUUUGAUAUCAUUAUGAAGAAGUUAUGAAUUGAUCAGUGAUAGAGACUUAUGGUUCUUUAGGUACACAACUUCCAGUCCCUACAUAAUCUAUAGAGAGAUUUGGCAUGUGACAUCCUUGAGACAAAUACGUCCCAAUGAAGUCAUCAUGUAAGACAUCAUUAGACGCUAACUUCUCAGACACCAGUUAUUGAUUUAUUCUUGGUUUAGUAUCUUGAAUCCAAAGCCAUGUGCUUUGUAAUGAGAAAACCCUCUUAAAAUAAAGAAAAAAGACUUAAUUUCUGAUAAUUUCUUUUGUAUAUUCGUUUAUAUAAUAAGUAACAGAUAAUCCUUCUGAUACACAAACUAAAAUAAAAAUCUAUAUACAUUCUCAAAGCACAUAACUCACAAAAUGGCUUUUCUGAGAAGUUUCUUGGGUGGUAAGCAAGCAAUGCGGAGUAAAUAAUCUUCGACACCAAGAGGAUUCAUGGCGGUUUAUGUUGGAGAGAAUGAUGACACGAAGAAGAGAUACGUUCUCCCAGUUUCAUAUUUGAACCAGCCUUUGUUUCAAGAACUGCUGAGUAAAUCAGAGGAAGAGUUUGGGUAUGAUCAUCCUAUGGGUGGCUUAACCCAUGCAAAUGUGCCUUGUGCACGUGGCAAGAGCCGGCACUGGCUUAACCAUACUGUGCCAUGAAUCUUUGUUCUUCACCGUCACAUCUCAGAUUCGAUGAAUUUCAAAAAAUGGCAGGGUGUGCGUUGAGUAUAAUCAGUCUUUUGUAGUACAAGGCUCCCAUUACUCAAAGAAAUAGUAGAAAAAAAUCGGAUUUGAUUUGAUUUUUUUUUUUACUUCGUUCGUAAAAAAUCUAUACUAAAGCAGAAUUUUUCUUAGUA